CAGUCUCGCAUUCUUGUCCAGCGGAAGAAACAACAAAACAACAAACGACAACACUUGUCCAGCAGCCGAUGAAUGAGGGGGGAACUUGAACUUGACGAUUAUGUAACCACAGAUAGGGAAAACUACAAAACCUUUUGUAAAGUGUCAAAGAUGGAGAAAUUACCAUCUUAUCCGCAUUUCAAGUGGUGUCUGUAACCAGUGGUUGACUUAAGACAUGAUUAUAUAGCUUAUCUUCAAGCCUCUAUUUACCAGAAACUAUUCCCCUGUCUGCUUUUGUUUACAUUAUCUUUUAACCUGACCGGCAAUGGCAGACCCUACUAUUCAAACAUUUUGCUGCCACCAGCCAGACAAAGCUGAUUCGUCUGUUGAUAUUAUGCAAGCUUUUAAUUCAAAUUCCUACAGUACUGUGUGUCUUAUCUCCUCUUCCAUUGGCAUCUUGGGGGCAGUUUAUCAGGUUCUUCCCCGUGAGGAGCCCUAUUUGUCCCACAGGUGGCUUACUCAAUCAGCUACUCGAGGGCGUCAAAUGGUUGUUUGGUUGGCUGUUGCUGACCUGCUUGCUUCCCUAGGUGUAUUCAUCAGAUCAGCUCUAUGGCUGAACUACAGAUCUCUCAUGAAUCCAGACAGUGAUUCAUCUGUGUUAUUUUGUGCUAUUGUUUCUGCCUGGAUUCAGUAUUUCUACACUGCCACAUGGUUCUGGACACUUUGUUAUGCAAUUGAUAUGAGACUGGUUCUUCGAGAACGCCCUGGUCAUCCAGUACUAUACCACAUGUGUUGUUGGAUUAUUCCUGCUGUACUGACAUCAGUUGGACUAUCUAUUCUUUACAUUCCCGAUGCAAACUGUCAUAAUCUCAAAACAUUGGGAAGUGCUGUUCUUCACAUACUGCCUAAUUACCUUGCCACUUAUGUCCCAAUGGCAGUGGUAAUGAUUGUAAAUCCAAUCCUUUACUGUGAUGUAGCUCAAGCUGUGCACACAGCUGUGGUUUGCAGUCUUGCUCAAUUUACCAGCAAAGAGAGAGGAUUGGUUGACACAGUCCGCCUUAAACUUGCCUUCAUCAAUCUUGCUUUCUAUGCUUGUUGGCUUCCCAAUAUUAUCAAUGGCAUUUUGCUGUGGACCCUUUGGUAUAAUCUACCAACUAAUGUCAUCAUCUCUUUGUGGUACAUCAUGGCUGUCAUGAACCCUUUGCAGGCUCUAUUUAACAGCAUGGUUUAUCGGCGUUGGACAGGAGGGUCAGAUAAAGUAUACAUUCCUUGUCGCAAACUCUCUGGACGCAGCGCACUCAAUGAUGCCAUUGAUGAUGAACAAGUCCGACCACCUCUCUCAACCGAGAGUACUCCGUUACUUGAAACGUUACCCUCCAAAUCUACAAAAGGCAAUGCAAACCUAUCUCUGAGCCUUACCUCUAGCACUCACCAGAGAACUGUUUCCAGUAUUAAUGGUGCCAUGUGACCUCAUCUUCACAUUGACACGAAUGUAUUUUAAUAGUAACUGUACCCUUCUGGAAGCUGGGAAACGGUCUUAGCAGUUUUGGACCUUUCAAAGAGUUAGCAUAGGCUUGUUUUGGCAGAUCUCCAAGCAGGUACAAACCUGACGGGACCGUUUCCGUAUCUGGGUAUACCAGUACGUAUUUGUAUUUCCACACUCUGUCUAAUAAUGUGACAUUUCAAAAAAUAAUGAUGAGAGUUAUGUAGACAACGUCUUCCUGUAUUCUUUGGUGCUAAGGGCUCACCUGCUGCUGAUGUCACUGCCAUUUGAUGUCAUGAAAGGUGUACUUAACUUCACACUUGACACUUGCACCCUGCCAUAUGUAGCUAGUCCCAUCUUUUAACUAAUUAUUGUACAUGGUUUACAUUUUUAAUCUUAAGACCUAUAGUCAUUCUAGCUAAAGCUAGAAGUAUUAAUCAUCCUUGCUGUGUUUGUACUCCAAGGCAUAGUAUUCAUAUUCAGCUCUUAGGUAAAUGUAAUUUAAGUAACUUCAUUACAUCAAUAUUACUAUUUUUGUAUUGCUUUUCUCCACUAUAUUUAUCUUAUUUACCGUACUUUGUUUAUAUACAAACAUUUUGAAAUAAAUGU